UCUAAUAUUUUAUGAUCUUCUCCAGGAUUUUUCCAUGUCGUGCACAGCCAUCAGACUACGUCAAUUUAUAGAUCCUACACCCUACCUACCUCCAGGCACUGUUAUUCGUCAAGGAAAGGACAUUCAAGGGUUCUAUCCUGGGCAACUAGGACGGGUACAUAAGGCAUGCAUGCCUGAAAUAGCUCCAGGACCUUUCAUAAAACUGCACCCAGCUCCAGUGCAGCAUGAAGUUGAAACUCAGUACCAACAUGACUUUGAUAAUUUAACUCUUCAGGGGCAUGUCCUUUUUCAAGGGACAAUGAAGAAGGCAAUGAAUGACUGGUACAAGCAAACCACGUACAAAGAAGAAUUUGCACUGCCAUUUUACAAUAUGGACCAUGAUGAGGAUAAAUACACACCAAGAACUGCUCCUGGACCACUGACAAUCUGGAGAAGCAUUGCUGAUCCAAAAAAAAGUAACCUGCCCUUGCUUGUGAGAAGUAUUUCAGCUGAGCUUUAAGAAAAUAAAAGCAACCCAUUGACGUUAAUCCCAUUUACAUGAGACUUUCAGAAGUCUGCUUCUGUUAAGCUAUACUGUAUCAUUUUACAGUGUAGUUUGUGCUGGUGAUGCUGCUUGGAAACUUUAAUCAAGUUUUAUCUCUGAAUAUAUGGAUUACUUUGUACAAUGGAAACAACAGUUGGGAAUCAAGAUACUUAAU